AUGGCAACAGAUCAAACUCAGCAAGUAUCAUCAGCCUUAGAGUUCAUCAAGCAUCACUUGCUUGAUGAUCUUCUUUCACCUGUUGCUGCCUCUUCCACUUCUUUUUACGAUUUUGACCAGCCUCAAUUUCUUACAAAUGCUGAUAUCUCUACUUCCUCACAGUGUGAGACCACUAGCUGCUCCAAGACUUCAAGUGCCGCAUCGUCCACGGCAAUUCCUGAUUUUUUCAACAUUCUUGAUGCUGAUUUCUUCGAAUUCACUUCCGUUUUCAAUCCUGCUCAAGAAAACAAGAGCAAUAUCUUCGAAUUUGAAACUAAACCUGAAAUCAUUGAUCUCUCAACGCCAAAACCCCGCAAUUCAACCUCCCACAUCAAUUUCCAAUCAAGCAGCAGCAGCAGCAACAGUGACCUCUUCGAAUUUGAGCUCAAACCUCAAAUUCAUCAGAAUUUCGAAUUUGAAUCCAAACCAAAAAUUGUUUCUCAACCAAGCAACAGUUUCUUCUAUGAAGAAUCAAAGCCUCAAGUUCAAACAGCUCGGAAACCGUCUUUGAAAAUAUCGCUACCUAACAAAAAACCCGAAUGGAUCCUGUUUUCUAACCCGCACCCGCAACGCGUGAAGGAUAAUUCUAGUGUUGCUGUUGAAGCAAAAAAGCAUUACAGAGGAGUCCGACACAGGCCAUGGGGCAAGUAUGCAGCAGAGAUCCGGGACCCGAACCGGAGAGGUUCACGUGUGUGGCUAGGAACCUUCGAUACAGCCCUGGAAGCUGCCAAAGCCUAUGAUCGAGCUGCCUUCAAGCUGCGUGGGUCGAAAGCGAUUCUCAAUUUCCCAUUAGAAGCUGGUAGGUGUCAUGUACGCGCCAACGAGGAAAGUGAAAGGAAAAGAAGUAGAGAGGGUGACGUGGAAGAAAGAAGGGAUGGGAAGAGGGUGACGAUGACGGUGGUUAAGAGAGAGGAACCUGAGAGGGAUAUUCCGUUGACGCCGUCAAGUUGGACGGCUGUUUGGGAUUGUGGGGAUACGAAGGAUGUCUUUAAUGUGCCCCCGUUGUCUCCGUUAUCUCCUCACCCUGCAUUGGGAUUUCCCCAGUUAAUGGUUGUUUGA